CAUAAGCUUCCCACUCUAUCAGUCACCAUGGUGGCACAAAGCAGCAAGCCGUGGCGGCCGCAUCGUUAUUUUAAUUAACAAGAAAUGGAUAUUCCUUCAUGUCUGCAGUUUAAUACAUUUAGUAGGUUACAGAUCGCCUGAAUGGGAAACCAUAUGCCGUUUAUUUUUUUUCCAUUUUUAGACGGAGUACUAGAAUUUCUUGUAACCUAACGCAUAAUGCUGAAGAAACCCGACUAUGCUGUGCAACGUUUUUUCCAGCCUUUGAAUAAAUAAAGGCGGUUAUUGUAUAUAGUUAUUUUACUGAUGUAACUUAUUGCCUAGUUUGUCCGUAUUUGUCAGUAAGUCCUUAUCCGCCCGCAGCCUGAACGAGAGACAACAACUUAGUGGAUCUUAAGGAACGUUCCUAUAGGAUUGUAAACUGAAGAGAAAAUAAACCCCGAGGCUCAGAUCCUGGCCUCCGCUUGUAGAAGUAUUCUGCUAAAAGCGAUAAGGAAUUGGGAGUCAACAAUAGGGGUGUAUUUUCUUUGUUGAUAUUUGGACUGUGGAGAUAGAAUUUACGCCUGGAUCUGUAUUUUCUCCAAAGAAGUAUGGCGUCCUACGUGGAUAACAAUUUCAGACAGGCGGUGAUGAUGGACCCGGCCGAAAGAACGCAACAGGAUCUGGAAAUCGUGUACUCCUAUCUCCACGGAAUGGAGGCCCUGUCCAAUCUAAGAGAGCACCAGCUAAGGUUGAUGUGUGAAACCGUGCGUUAUGAGAGACACGAGGCCAACGAGGUGCUGUACUACCCUGAUGACGUUGGGUCCUGCUGGUAUAUCCUCCUGUCUGGCUCAGUGUUCAUCAAAGAGUCCAUGUUUCUUCCCAGAAGCAGUUUUGGCAAGCGUUCAGCGGGCAGCCUGAGGCGUGGAUGCGAGUGCAUCGUGCUGGAGCCCUCCGAAAUGAUUGUGGUGGACUAUAUGGAUGAAAAUGAAGAGUACUUCCAACGGCAAGCUUCGCACCGACAGUCCCGCCGGAGGUUCCGGAAGAUCAACCAGAAAGGCGAGAGGCAGACCAUCAUCGACACGGUGGACCCCUACCCCGUCGGGAAGCCACCUCUGCCCAAAGGGUAUCACACGGAAUGCUGUAAAUCUCAGCUUCCUGCAGACUUCAGCAAGCUCCACCUUAGCGACAGCCUCCACCCACAGGUGACCCCCGUCUCCUCCAGCCACUCAGGAUGUAGCAUCACCAGCGACUCUGGGAGCAGCAGCCUAUCGGAUAUUUACCAGGCCGCUGAGAACGAGCCCGGUGACAUGGACCUGAGCGGCCUGCCAGAGACGGCGGUGGACUCAGAGGAAGACGACGAUGAGGAAGACAUCGAACGGGCCUCGGACCCCCUGAUGAGCCGGGACAUCGUGCGGGACUGCCUGGAGAAGGACCCCGUCGACCGGACGGACGAUGACAUCGAACAAUUGCUGGAGUUCAUGCACCAGCUGCCGGCCUUCGCCAACAUGACGAUGUCGGUGAGGAGGGAGCUGUGCGCGGUCAUGGUGUUCGCCGUGGUGGAGCGGGCGGGGACGAUCGUGCUCAACGACGGGGAGGAGCUGGACUCCUGGUCGGUGAUCCUGAACGGUUCGGUGGAGGUGACGUACCCGGACGGGCGGUCCGAGAUCCUCUGCAUGGGGAACAGCUUUGGAGUGUCUCCCACCAUGGACAAGGAGUUCAUGAAGGGGGUGAUGAAGACCAAGGUGGACGACUGUCAGUUUGUGUGCAUCGCCCAGCAGGACUACUGCUGCAUCCUCAACCAGGUGGAGAAGAACAUGCAGAAGGUGGAGGAAGAGGGCGAGAUCGUUAUGGUGAAAGAACACCGUGAGCUGGAUCGUACCGGCACCAGGAAAGGACACAUCGUCAUCAAGGGGACGACGGAGCGACUGACGAUGCACCUGGUGGAGGAGCACUCUGUGGUGGACCCCACCUUCAUCGAGGACUUCCUGCUGACCUACAGGACCUUCCUGUCCAGCCCCAUGAUUGUGGGGAAGAGGCUUCUGGAAUGGUUCAACGAUCCCAGUCUCAGGGACAAGGUUACGCGGGUAGUGCUGCUGUGGGUGAACAAUCACUUCAACGACUUUGAAGGAGACCCUGCCAUGACUCACUUUUUGGAGGAAUUCGAGAACAACCUAGAAAGAGAGAAAAUGUGUGGGCACUUGAGACUGUUAAAUAUCGCCUGCGCCGCCAAAGCCAAGCUGAGGCUGGUGACCCUGACCAAGCCCUCGAGGGAGGCCCCCCUGCCCUUCACCCUCCUGGGGGGGUCGGAGAAGGGCUUCCGCAUCUUCAUCGACAGCGUGGAGCCCGGGAGUGCGGCCACAGAGGUCGGCCUCAAGCGCGGCGAUCAGAUACUGGAGGUGAACGGACAGAACUUUGAGAACGUCCAGCUCUCCAAAGCCACAGAGAUCCUGAAGAACAACACUCAUUUGUCUAUCACUGUGAAAACGAACCUGCUAGUGUUCAAGGAGCUGCUGUCCAGGCCGGCGGAGGAGAAGAAGAACGGCGCUCCGCACCUUCCCAAGAUCGGCGACAUCAAGAAGGCCAGCCGCUACUCCAUCCCGGACCUGGCCAUGGACGUGGAGCAGGUGAUGGGCCUGGAGAAGACCAGCAAGAAGAGCAAAGCCAACACUGUGGGGGGCAGGAACAAGCUGAAGAAGUUCCUGGGCAAGACGCGCAUCAGCAUUCUGCCCCAGAAACCCUACAAUGAUGUUGGGAUUGGGCAGUCUCAGGACGACAGCAUUGUGGGAAUGAAGCAGUCCAAUCAGAUCCCUCCGGGCCUCCCAGUCAGCGGAAACCUGUCCUCCAGCAACCCUGACCUGCUUCAGUCCCACCACCGCAUCCUGGACUUCAGCAACCCGCCUGACCUGCCGGACCAGGUGCUGAGGGUUUUCAAGGUGGACCAGCAGAGCCGCUACCUGAUGAUCGGCCGGGACACCACGGCCAAGGAGGUGGUGGUGCAGGCCAUCCGCGAGUUCGCCCUGACCGCCGAGCCCGAGGCCUACUCCCUCUGCGAGGUGUCCGUCACGCCCGAGGGCGUCAUCAAGCAGCGGCGGCUGCCCGACCAGCUCUCCAAGCUGGCCGACAGGAUCCAGCUCAGCGGCAGGUACUACCUGAAGAACAACAUGGAGACAGAGACGCUGUGCUCGGACGAGGACGCGCAGGACCUCCUGCGGGAGAGCCAGAUCUCCCUGCUCCAGCUGAGCACGGUGGAGGUGGCCACCCAGCUCUCCAUGAGGAACUUCGAGCUCUUCUGCGCCAUCGAGCCCACCGAGUACAUCGACGACCUCUUCAAGCUCAAGUCACGCACCGGCUCGGUCAACCUCAAGAGCUUCGAGGAGGUCAUCAACCAGGAGACCUUCUGGGUGGCUUCGGAGAUCGUCCGGGAGCCCAACCAGCUGAAGAGGAUGAAGACGGUCAAGCACUUCGUCAAGAUCGCCCUGCACUGUCGGGAGUGCAAGAACUUCAACUCCAUGUUUGCCAUCAUCAGUGGGCUGAACUUGGCUGCAGUGUCCAGACUCCGGGGCACAUGGGAGAAGCUGCCCAGCAAAUACGAGAAGCUGUUCCAGGACCUGCAGGACCUGUUCGACCCCUCCAGGAACAUGGCCAAGUACCGCAACGUCCUCAACAACCAGAACCUCCAGCCUCCCAUAAUCCCCCUCUUCCCCGUCAUCAAGAAGGACCUGACGUUCCUGCACGAAGGCAACGAUUCGAAAGUGGACGGUCUGGUGAACUUUGAGAAGCUGAGAAUGAUCGCCAAAGAGAUCCGGCACGUGGGACGCAUGGCGUCCGUCAACAUGGACCCCGCCCUCAUGUUCAGAACCAGGAAGAAGAAGUGGAGGAGUCUUGGGUCGCUCAGCCAGGGCAGCGCCAACGCGGCGGUCCUGGACGUGGUGCCGACGGGCGCGCACAAGAAGCGCGUGCGCCGCAGCUCCUUCCUCAACGCCAAGAAGCUGUACGAGGACGCGCAGAUGGCCCGCAAGGUCCGGCAGUACCUGUCCGACCUGACGCUGGACACCAGCGAGGAGAGCCUGCAGGCCUUAUCGCUGCAGUGUGAGCCCUCCAGCAACACGCCAGUGCCUAAAAACUCCAGCGACAAGAAGAGGCCAGACACCUCGCCCCAGGUGGCACGGGCCGCCAGCCAGCACAAGCAGCAGCAGAAAGCCGGCCCCGCCCUGCAGGUGCCCGCAGUGCCCCUGCACCCGUCUCGCAAGAAAGUGCCCGUCAAGGACCUGCCGCCUUUCGGCACGAGUUCGCCUCAGUCCUUGAAGAAAAUCUUGUCCUUGUCAGAGGAAGCGGGCGAGCGCCACAGGAAGCCGACGGAGGACGCCGCCUCCAACGCCUCCCAGCUCUCCUCCCCGCCCACCUCCCCCCAGAGCUCCCCCAGGAAAGGCAGUGGGACUCUGAGAGCUGCAGGUAUUGGGCACCUGUAUUGCCAAAGUAAAAAGGCAGGCACAGGUGUCUUUCGGCUCUCCAGGCAGUCUAAGCUCACAGGCUCCUCCUCUUCCCUGGGCAGUGACAGCAGUAGCAGGAAUAGCUAUGCUCUGGCCAACACCGUCAUAAUAGGUUACCCGGGAGCGGCGGACCACUUCUCGGACUCGGGCCACAGCGAGAUCUCGUCGCGCUCCAGCCUGGUCAGCAACUCGUCCUUCGACCUGGCCCAGGAGGACAGGAGGCAGCGCAACUCGGUCAGCGGGGCCGACGCCCACCUGGGCGGGGCCAGGACGGAGAGGCGGGCCACCCUGGACCUGGACCAGUACAGCCUCGGGUCCUAUUCCUCCAUGCACGAGGUUCGGAGCCUGUACUCUGGGGCCACGGUGCUCUCGUCCCCCAGCUCGGAGGAGCUGACCCAGGACCAGGGCGACCGCGCCUCCCUGGACGCCGCCGACAGCGGGCGGGGCAGCUGGACGUCCUGCUCCAGCGGUUCCCACGACAACAUCCAGACCAUCCAGCACCAGAGGAGCUGGGAGACGCUGGCCUUCGGCCACCCCCACUUCGACGGCCCGGGGGAGGGGCCGGGGCCGGGGCCGGGACUGUGGGCCCCUGGGGGGGGGGGUCGGCCGACCCGCUGGGGUACCCGGGGGAGCGGCGCCAGCCGGGACGGGCGGGGCGGGCAGGAGCCGGGGCAGGCCCGGGGGAGCUGGGCCUCGCCCACCGUCUACUGGGGGGAGGACACGGAGGGCGACACCGGGACCAUCAAGCGCAGGGGGGGCAAGGACGUGAACGCCGACCCGGAGACCAGCAGCAUCACGUCCAGCGGCUCGGAGGACUCGAAACAGAGCAGCCGGCCCUCCCACAUAACCGUGUCCUGCAGUAACGCUAAAGGGCUCAUCUCGCGGAAGGAGGGCAGGUUCCGGGAGCCGCCCCCGACGCCGCCUGGCUACACGGCCCUGACCAUCUCGGACUUCGGCGAGGGCCCCGCCCACGCGGGCCGCCGGCCGCCCGACUACAACGUGGCGCUGCAGCGCUCGCGCAUGGUGGCGCACUCCUGCGACUCCCCCCUGCCCCCCCCGCAGGCGGGCCCCCGGCCGCAGUGGAGCCGCUCCACCGACGCCGCCGAGCCCCCCCGGCUCCCCCACGCACCCCCCCAGGGGCCCCCGCCCGCGCCCGAGGACGAGGGUGAGUCCGCGUCUCCCAAACUUAACCCCCUGAGGAAGACCGUGGUGGCCAGGUCUCCCAACACCACCAGGCCAUGACUUACAGGCAGGACAGAGGCAGAUGAUGAACAGGUGUCUGCUGUCUGAUAAAGACACCCCCUGCUGGCCACGUUUAGCAGUGGCUGAAGCAACUCUGUCUAGGCACUCUCCCGCACACGCACAGACCCACACACUCGCACACACCCAGUUACCCCCCCCCCCCUUCUCAGUGUACCGCACUCCUCUCCAUCCCUGCCUUAAAACAGCAGGGGGCUUUAUGUCACCCCCCCCCACGCCCCUCCCACACAUAAAUAGACUGUACUGUGAAGAAGACAAGAAAAGAACUAAUUGAACUAAUAACGCCUCGGCACUUUGGAGAACUUAAAGACAGAGUGGUGAAAGAAUCACAGGCCUGACGGCCGUCACUGUUCACCACGAGCACCAUUCCAGCGUUACCUUUCCUGUUUACACACGCCAUCACUACGUGUCGACCUUCGACUGCACUUUUUAAUUUUCUAUUGUAAUAUUAACGGUAUUAAUGAUACAAAAAAAAGAAAAACUGCCUUUCCGGGCUCUCGGCUUCCUCUGGGACCUUGUCAGGAGUUGUUGGACCCUGGAUGAAAAUGCAAGCACAGACUGUGCAGGUCCCCGCGUCCUGCUGCAGUUUUAAGUCAUUAUCGUGCUUGUGGAAGCGAUACGGUCUCUGGUGGCCAUGAUGACAGUAUUAUUAUAGCUAUUCAUUUUUUCCUUUUUUUUUUUUUUUUUACCUUUGCUCUUUUUAUCAUUGGAGGAGGACUCUGUGAUGUUUUAACUGAACUGGACGGCUGUAUAAUGUCACACACUGGCUCAGAUAGAGGAGGAACAGUGCCCCAGCUAUAGUCUCUGCUGUUUGCUAUGUCGCGUUUUUUGCAGAACUCCGUGAAGGAAGCCAUUGAACGGUUGCUACGAUAGAAGGAGUAGCAUGUCUGAAGAAAGCUAACGUAUAGCGAUCCUUGGCUACUUCUGCCCCAUGAAGUGACUGAAAAUGAUGAUUACAUCUUGGGUUGAGACUCAGAGGGAAAUAAGUAAAAAAUCCGAAGACUGCCUUUCUGAGUCGUACUGAAAAUAUGAAGGUUUUUUUCCCCCAUUUUCUUUAGUUUUUCGAAUUCAUUUAGCGGAGCUGAUCAUAUUGAUCAGCGGGUUUAAAAAAAUUGAUAGAUUUCAAGACAGUGAUUGCAGUGUUUUUCUCACUGUAUUGUGCAACUUCAGUGCUUUAUUUAAAUUUUUUCUUUCCUAAUAAGAAAUCACAUUUUUGACUUGUGUUUGUUUUUUUUUGUUUUUUCUUGUUGCGGAUUCUGUUGUCAAUUAUGCAUUUGUAAUUUAAAUGUAAUAUGCAUUAAUCGCUUCCAUUUGUAGUCCAUGGACAAUAGUGUAUGUAUGGUUUGGCGGAGUUCUACUUCUAAAACAAGUUGCACAGAAAUGUAUAAACAUACAGUAAGGUCAUUGUAGUGUACAACUUUCGGUUCAAUCUGUGACGUCAGGUGUAAAAUGUACAUUGGACUGGUGAAUUUCUCAUACUUUUGAUACUACUUGUACCUGUAUGUCUUUUAGAAAGACAAUCGGUGGAGUCGGUAUGCUUUUUUUUGUAUUUUUAAUACAAUAAUUGUAAAUCUGUUAUAUUUUUGUUGAAAUUGUAGAAAUGUACUAUGUUUAUGCCUCAGCGUCCAGUUUACCUAAAGCUGGGAAUGAAUAAAUAUGAAAAAACA